AGACAAGUUACUCCUAAACUUGUUAAAGCUGGAAUCUUAACGGUAGAACGUGUACAAGGGGCAAUAGAUUACUUAGCAUGGAAAACUAAAACUGGAACGGUAAAAUCAACAAAUCGUAUUGAUGAUGUUUUAGUUUUAACCAGUUUAGGAAGAGAUCUGGUUUCUCAAAUUGAAUUAGGAUUAGCCAAAAACCAACAAUGUUGGUAUUGGGUUAUUGUUGGAAAAUGUAAUGAAAAUUGCGAAAAUUAUAAUUUAAGAAAUAAUUUGAAAAAUGGAAAUGAUAUGCACCAUUGUAGUGUCAGAGUUAUUUCUGAAUGUCAGUUAUCUUGGCUAUCAUUAGAAAAUCCAUUGCGAAUUACCAUUCAAGGAACUCAUCGUACAUUUAACAAUAAUAAUAUUCCUAAAAUUUCAAGAAUAAAUUUAACUUAUUCUGUCAGAGAUUCGAUAGAAUUAAGCAGAAGAGCAGAAAACAGGACAGCCAAAGGGAUAAAAGAGAAAUUAUUAACAUCACUUAAUGGUGCAUCAGAAGAAGUAAUUAACAAUGCAUUAGCAAGCCAACGUAUAAUAUGUAAUAAUGACAAACUCCGGCAAUUUGUUGCCAGAGAUGAUAAGAAAUUAAAGGAUGAUACUGGUCCUAGGACUCAGCUUGAUAGUUUAGUAAAUAAUAUAUUAAAAUCUCAAGGUUUUAUAUUAUAUUAUCAAAUAGCAGACAUUAAUCAACCAGCUGAUUCACCUGACCGAUAUUAUCAACUUACAAUUUCUGAUGAGUUUUGGUUAAAAAAUGCUCAUGAUUACGGUAAAAUCUGUAUCGGAAUAGAUGGUAAAUAUGAUUUAAAUUUGGACCGUGCACCGGUAUUAUCAAUUGUCACUGAGAAUAGUGCUGGUUGCGGAUUGCCUGUUGCAUUUGCGCUAUUUAAUAAGGAAAAUCAUCAUACUAUAAAAUUGGCUAUUGACGCUAUUAAAAAAAAUAUCCCAUAUGAUAACGAGUUCUGUGAACACAAGUGGUACUAUGAAAAUCUUUUAUCUGGAAACGGAUUUCAACGAGUUCGUGAAUGUCAAAACAAUAAUUGGAAGCCAUAUAUCUUAAUUGAUAAGCAUAGACCAUCUAAACUUGCUAUCCAAAAUGCUUCACAUAAACCAAUUUUAUGUUGGUUUCAUAUUAUGAAAACUUUUAGUGAAAAUUUAAAUAAAUGGCAGAUACCUGCAAAAUUCAGAUAUCCAAUAGCAUUAGCGUUUAAAAUUGUAGGUCGUAGUCGAACUGAAGAAACUGCCAUUGAAAUGGCUAAGAAAUAUAUCGAAUUUAUUAACACUCUUCAAUUGGAAAAAACUAAAAAAGAUAAAUUAAUAGAUGAUUUAUCUAAAAAUUGGAUGUGCACGGAGUGGAAAUUAAGUUUUAUUGAUGCUGGUCAUAUUUCCAAAAACAUUACAAACAGAUUUCCAUGGACUACGAACAAUUUUACAGAACGGAUCAAUAGGACAAUUGAAGCAGUAUAUAGUGGUAAACAAACACCAUUGACAUUUGUUGAACGAAUGUAUGGAAUAAAAUUUCAAAGUGAAACUAUUGUAAGUCAUGAAGAUUUAAAUAAGUUUGAAUCUGGUUUAGUUACUUUAUUCAAUACUCAAACGAUUGAACAGCAAACUAAAGAUGAUAUGAUAUGUUGUGAUAAACUUCGAAGAUUAAAUCAAGGAAGAUUAGAUUUUCUUCUUAAUAUGGUUAAGAUAUCAUCAGACCAAAAUACUUUUCUUGUUAAAAAAAAAUCUGAUGAUUUAUUCGUAUCUUCUUAUGAUGAUAAGCCUUUGCGUCUAGAUGAGGAAAUUGUACGAAAAUUAAAUGAUAUGAUCAAUUUUCUUAUGAAAUCUUUAUUAUCCGAAAAUGUAAUAUUAGAACAAGGAUUUCAUAUAUGUAAUGUUAUUACUGGUGAAUGUACAUGCUGGGAAUACAUAUGGAAUAGUUCAUUACGUGAUAAAU